AUGACCCCACUGCUGCUGCGUGCCUCUGCCCUCCUGGCCGUGUGGGGCGCCUGGGUGGUGCUGGGGGACAACAGCACGGAGGUCCCCGAAAGCACGCACCACAUCGGCAGCGGGCUGAUGCAGUGCGGGGAGUACAGUAACCAGGCCAUGCCGAACGGGAAGUGCCGGCUGACGGCCACCCUGCCCCAGCUGGAGGAGCAGCGGUGUCCCGACAUGUUCCGCUGCACAGACGAGGUCUCCUACUGGCUGCACCAGAACGAGGAGAGGAAGCAGCAGAUGCUGGAGCUGAAGGAGACCAUCUCCGAGCUGCAGGAGGAGCUGCGAAACCAUCGGCACCGCAUCAAGGUGCUGGAGCUGCAGAGUGAGGAGAAGAACGGGCUGAACUCGUCCCUGGAGCAGCGGCUGCAUGCGCUGGAGCAGCAGUAUGCAGAGGCCAACACCUUGCUGCAUAUCCAUGGCUCGCUCAUCUACGACAUGCAGGCGCAGAUCCGCAACCUGACUGUGCUGGUGGAGCGGGUGCGGCGCAACCCGGGCUGCAUGAUCAACAUCGUGCGCACGAGCCCGCUCAUCAGCGACCAGGAGGCCAUGCACCCCGAGGUGCAGCAUGUGAGAAACUGCCCCAUAGACUGUGCCUCUCUCUUCUACAACGGGGUGCGCAGGUCUGGCAUCUUCACCGUGCUGCCCUCGCUGGGGGCGAUGCCCGUGGAGGUGUACUGCGACAUGGACACCGAGGGAGGCGGGUGGACGGUGAUCCAGCGCCGGCAGGAUGGAUCUGUGAACUUUAACCGCAAGUGGAAGGAGUACAAGGACGGCUUCGGCGACCUGCGCACCGAGUUCUGGUUGGGCAACGACCACAUCCACGACCUGACCAGCCAGGGGGACUACUCCCUGCGCAUCGACCUCGAGGACUGGAAUGACAAGCACAAACACGCCCUCUACCAGAGCUUCAGUGUCGAUGGGGAGGAGACUCACUACCGUCUCCAUGUGAAUGGCUUCAGUGGCACGGUGGAGGACUCCUUCGGCUGGUACCACAACAAGCAGAGCUUCAGCACCCCAGACACAGGCAACAUCUGCGCGGAGAUCUCCCACGCAGGCUGGUGGUACCACCAGUGCUUCUUCGCCAACCUCAACGGCGUCUAUUACAAGGGCGGUCGUUACUCUGCCAAAGGAAAGAACCUGCUAGGACCUGACGGCAUUGUGUGGUACACCUGGAAGGACUCUGACUACUACUCACUGAAGAAGGUCAGCAUGAAGAUCCGUCCACGCACCUUCAGGCCCCGCCUCUCUCCAUGA